CCCAAGUUUUCUUUUUUCUUUUUUAAUACAUUUCUUUUGUGGAAUUUGUUGUAAAGCUAUGGGGGGGAGCGACGGAAAGAAAAGGGGAGAGGAAAGACACAGGCCAGGACCCCCCAAGGAGGGGACAUAAAUAUUUUUUUUUUUUUUUUUGAAAAAGGGAGAAAACUUGGGCUCUGUAACUUUGUUUUUGCAUUAUGAGGAUUGCUUUUAGCAUAUCUCAUGUUCCUUUGUGAAAUACGAUCAUUGCCACCAUUGUUCCAUAAUCAUGGCUCUUCCUUGGGUUUAUCUUCUCUUCUUUCUCGCUUGUUCUGGACUCUGUUUCUCGUACGAGCCUCGUAACCAUGAAGUGGAGGCUUUGAUAAGCAUAAGAGCAUCUCUGAAUGAUCCUCAUGGGGUAUUAAACAACUGGGAUGAAAACUCUGUAGACCCUUGUAGUUGGGCUAUGAUCACGUGCUCUUCUGAUUCUCUUGUUAUAGGCUUGGGAGCUCCAAGCCAAUCUCUUUCUGGAACUCUAUCUGCUGCCAUAGGAAAUCUGACAAAUCUUCGACAAGUGCUACUGCAGAACAACAACAUAUCUGGCCAAAUCCCACCGGAGCUGGGUACCCUUCCUAAGCUACAGACUUUAGAUCUUUCGAAUAAUCGAUUCUCUGGUGUGAUUCCCGGUUCCUUGAGUCACUUGGAUGGUCUUAAGUACUUGAGGCUGAACAACAAUAGCUUAUCUGGGCCCUUUCCUGUGUCACUAGCCAAAAUCCCUCAACUUGCUUUCUUAGACUUGUCUUAUAACAAUCUCAGUGGACCUGUGCCGAAGUUUCCAUCUCGAUCUCUCAAUGUUGUGGGAAACCCAUUAAUUUGUGGAAGCAGCUCUACUGAAGGUUGCUCUGGAUCAACAACUCUCUUGCCUGUUUCAUUCUCUCUUCCAUCCUCGCAAGGAAAGCACAAGUCCACGACAAUAGCGAUUGCACUUGGAGUUGGCCUUAGCUUUGCUUGUCUCACACUGCUGACUUUAGGGCUUUUCUUGUAUAGAAAGAAAAGACAGCACCGAGCACUUUUGUAUAUCAGUGAUUAUCAGGAAGAUGGACUUGUUCGCUUGGGGAAUCUCAAUAUUUUCACUUUCAGACAGCUCCAACAUGCAACAGAUAAUUUCAGCUCCAAGAACAUACUUGGUGCUGGGGGUUUUGGCAAUGUGUAUAGGGGUAAGCUUGGAGAUGGGACUCUGGUUGCUGUGAAGAGGUUGAAGGACGUCACUGGAAGUGCUGGGGAAUCUCAGUUUCGAACUGAAUUGGAGAUGAUCAGUUUGGCGGUUCACCGUAAUUUACUUCGCUUAAUAGGAUACUGCGCUACUCCUAAUGAGAAGCUUCUGGUUUAUCCUUACAUGUCUAAUGGAAGUGUGGCAUCCAGACUAAAAGGCAAACCCGCUCUAGAUUGGAACACGAGGAAGAAGAUAGCUAUUGGAGCUGCCAGAGGUCUUCUGUAUCUACAUGAGCAGUGUGAUCCAAAGAUAAUACAUAGAGAUGUUAAGGCUGCUAAUGUGCUUCUGGAUGAGUACUAUGAAGCCAUUGUUGGUGAUUUUGGCCUUGCUAAGCUCCUUGAUCACGCUGACUCUCAUGUCACUACUGCUGUCCGUGGCACUGUCGGGCACAUUGCGCCAGAGUACCUCUCCACUGGCCAAUCAUCUGAAAAAACUGAUGUAUUUGGAUUUGGCAUUCUCUUGUUGGAGCUCAUAACUGGAAUGACGGCUCUUGAGUUUGGAAAAACGGUGAAUCAGAAAGGUGCAAUGCUAGAGUGGGUGAAGAAAAUACAGCAAGACAAGAAGGUGGAAUUGUUGGUGGACAAAGAGUUAGGAAGAAACUAUGAUAGGAUAGAGGUGGGGGAGAUGUUGCAAGUAGCUUUACUUUGCACUCAGAAUCUACCAAUUCACCGCCCCAAAAUGUCAGAAGUGGUCAGAAUGCUUGAAGGCGAUGGCCUUGCAGACAAGUGGGCAGCUUCACAGAAUCAUAAUAAUCUCAACAUGAACACCUUUCAUAGCCACAGUAACAAUAGUUCAUCUUCUCGACCAAGCACCACCCUUGCUUCAAAUCAUGAUGAUGAUGAUAAUGAUCGUCCCAACAUGGUUGGCAUGGGACUGGAUGGUGAUGAUGAUGAUGAACACUCUUUGGAUUCUUAUGCCAUGGAACUCUCUGGUCCUAGGUAAACAGAUGAUGUAGAGAAUUUAAGGACGAGAAAACAGGAAAAGAACAAGAAAAAGUGAGGGUGAAUUUUUUUUUUUGGGCCAUGAUCAAAAUUCUUUAAAGCAAGGGUAUAUCAUCUUCUUUUUCUAGUAGGACAUCAUGAUGUACAUAUUUAUCAUACAAUUGUAUGGCGUUGGGAGUGUCAAAUGAUAUUGGGACAACGAAAAUUUUAAGUGUCCAUGAGUAAUUGAAGAGUCUUGUCAUAUCUUAGUGUCUGACAAGUGUUGGACCCAUGAAACUUCUCUUUUCAAGUGUGUUUACUGGAUGUAUAGUAAAUAGGUAGUAGUAAUAGUACAUCUCCAUAAAGCAGGAGGGUGUGCAGCGUUAGGGUGGGACAGGACAGAAGAACAUCAUGAGAUUCUUUUCUCUCAAGAACAUCAUCAUCAUCAUCAGAGGGUUUCUCUUUCAGUUUGAGGGUAUAGUAUUGACUGGUUUGAUCUAAGAAAACAAUGGUUUCUGCUGUGUCUGUCUUGUGGGAUGUUGUUGUUGUAGUUGAUGUUGAAAGCAAAGAGUGAAUUGAAGAAGGUGGUGGCAGUCUGAACCUUUUGCCGUGAAAGAGGUCAUUUUCUAUCUGAUGCUUUUGCAGGUCACGCGCAUUGCUUUUUCUCAGUGAACUGCUUUUCAGUUUACUUUGUAUGGUGAUUUCUUACAUUUUCUUUUUACCUUAAAAUUGUCUUGUCCUGUUGUUUUAGUACACUGCCAUGUGGAUCCAAAAUGUAAACGCCGAAGUCACGUAUUUCCUUCCUUCUUGAAUCUUAAUGGUGGAAGAAAGAUAUUAACUUUUGUUAA